AUGGCCCCAUCCACUCCCAUGGAUCCGGUCAAUGCAAGGCAAAAGACGAAUAAACAAAGAGCCUAUAUGACGUUCCUGGCAGGUAAUGGAGACUAUGUGAAGGGUGUAGUGGGUCUAGCAAAGGGUUUGCGUAAGGUUGAAAGUGCUUACCCUCUUGUUGUUGCUGUGCUGCCCGAUGUGCCUGAGGAACAUAGAGAGCUUGUGAGGUCUCAAGGCUGUAUAGUGCGUGAGAUCGAGCCUGUAUCUCCUCCUGACGACCAGGUCUCUUAUGCAAGGGAUUAUUACAUUGUUAACUACUCGAAGCUUCGUAUUUGGAACUUUAUAGAGUACGACAAGGCAGUGUUCCUUGACGCAGAUAUUCAAGUCUAUGACAAUAUAGACGAGCUCUUUGAUCUGCCUGAUGGUUACAUGCAUGGCGUCAUAGGCUGUUUUUGUGAGAAAACAUGGAGCCACACGCCCCAAUACAAAAUUGGAUACUGCCAGCAGUGCCCGGAAAAGGUGAAGUGGCCGGUCGAGAUGGAAGCUUCUCGUCCUCCUCUGUACUACAACGCUGGAAUGUUUGUCUUUGAACCUAACCAGUCUACAUAUGAGAGCCUCCUCCAGUCUCUUAAGGUCACACCACCUACAGAAUUUGCAGAACAAGAUUUUCUUAAUGUGUUCUUUGAGAAAGAUUUUAAACAGAUUCCAUUGGUUUACAACCUGAUUAUGUCUGUACUUUGGCGUCACCCGGAGAAUGUGGAGCUGGAGAAAGUCAAGGUUAUUCACUACUGUGCACCUGGAUCCAAGCCAUGGAAGUUCACUGGAGAAGAACCUUACAUGGACAGGGACGAUGUGAAAAUGUUAGUCAAGAGAUGGUGGGAUAUCUAUAACGACGAAUCCCUCGAUUUCAAACCGUAA